UGUAAUCAACCCCUCCUACUUGUAGACUAGGAUACUAUAGAUAUUUGUCCUCAGGAAAUCAUUACAGUACUCUUGAUCAUCGUAACAUAUUGAUCGAUGAACCAAUUCCCAAAAUGCAGCCAAUUCUUCGUCUAGCAUCGCGAACACCGAGGACACCACACGUCCUUCGUCAAGCGGGCGUCUUCUAUGCUGCGCAACCACGAAGACUCGCACACCAAGAUUAUGGCAGCGAACAGUCUGGAAUGGAGCAGGGCCGGGACCAGAAGAACCCAAAAUCCCAUCUAGAGCAUCCUGGACCCGAAGCCCCAGCCAAUAUGGGAACUGCAUCCUCAUCGGGCUCAUCCCAAGCACAGUCAACGGAAAAAUCUGACACUGGAAGCGACCGUGGAAGUCCAGCUAUCCACCGUCCCGAGUCAGCCGCGGAGAAAGACAAUCCUGAAGUGAGAAAGCACAACGAGGAGAUGGAGCAAAGACAUGAGCGAUCUGUCAAUCAACUUGCAGAGGAGGAUAACAAGGUAGACAAAAAGUUUUGGCAAGGUGAUGUUGGGCCUAAAUCAGCCGGGAAUUCAUCAGACCAGAAUGCUGCGGGAGGACAGUAGAUGUGCUAUCCGUUGCAGGAUGCGUCCUUCACUGUUGUAACACCACCUUGCGCUCGUCGCUGAAUCGGUAUUUGGCGUUGUCGGGAACUGGAUUGUUAUACCGUCUUCUUGAGCAUGAUCAUCCCGUAGCUGGUUCAAUAUAAAUAACCUCACUUGCUCGGUCA